UCCAUGAGGAGACACUCUACCCGUCCACUGUGGAUCCGCUGUGGGGGGAAAAUGCUUUUUCUUCAGGCCAUAUUGAAACGGAGGCUGCUGCUGCAGAAAGAUGACGGCCCGUAUGGAAAAACCAAGGACAUCUCUGGACCAGAGCAGACCAUGGCCUCCAGAAGACACAGUAUACCAGAAGCUCUGCGGGGGGUGACCCUGGUGGAGCUGGUGAAGAAGGAAGGCAGCACGCUGGGCCUCACCAUCUCAGGAGGAACCGACAAGGACGGGAAACCGCGGGUAUCGAACCUGCGGCCCGGAGGACUGGCGGCCAGGAGCGACCAGCUCAACGUCGGCGACUACAUCAAGUCGGUGAACGGCAUCAAUCUCACCAAGCUGCGGCACGAGGAGAUCAUCAGCUUACUGAAGAACGUGGGCGAGAGGGUCCUGCUGGAGGUGGAGUACGAGCUGCCCCCUACAGCUCCAGACAGCACGUCGGGGGUGAUAUCGAAGACCAUCGACAUGUGUCUGCACAAAGAGGGGAGCAGCUUUGGAUUCGUCAUGAGAGGCGGUACCCACGAGGACUGGCACAAAGCACGCCCCCUAGUGGUCACCUACAUCAGGCCAGGAGGUCCUGCAGACAGAGAGGGCACGCUGCGUCCCGGUGAUCGUCUCCUCAGCGUGGACGGCGUGCCGCUGCACAACGCCAACCACGGCGACGCCCUCAGCGUGUUGGCUCAGUGCGGCCAGGAAGCCCUGUUCCAGAUAGAAUAUGACAUCACCAUCAUGGACACGGUGACGAACGCCUCCGGUCCGCUGUUGGUGGAAAUCGCCAAGUCGCCGGGGGCAACGCUGGGUAUCACACUGACGUCGGCCAAUCACAGAAACAAGCAGGUCAUCGUAAUCGACCGCGUUAAACCUGGCAGUGUGGUGGACAGGUGUGGAGCGCUGCACGCCGGGGAUCACCUGCUGUCCAUCGACGGCACGUCCACGGAGCACUGCACCGUCCUGGAGGCCACGCAGCUGCUGGCGAGCACCACGGAGCUGGUGAAGCUGGAGAUGCUCCCCUCGCAUCGGACCAGGCUGGCCGGGAAGCUGCACGACACGGUGAAGGUCCAGAAGUCGGACCACCCCCACUCCUGGGACCCCUGUGUGAACUACUGCCACCCGUCAAACUCCACCCUCUGCAACACGAGCUCCACCCUCAACAAGUCGUGGACCGCCUCCAACAACAACACCAUCAACAGCCUCGACUACUGCAAGACUCUGGUGUCUGCCAGCUUCUCCCCCGGCUCCACCACCACCUCGGGCCCCAGUAGCCAGAGCUCCAGCACGCUGCCCCGGACUACGGUUCCCAUGAGUCCACGCAACUCGCUGCUCAAGCGACGGCAGAGGAAGAAGGAGCACAAAAGCUCGCUGUCCCUGGCCUCCAGCUCCGUGGGCCCCGGCGGUCAGGUGGUUCACGUGGAGACCAGCGAGGUGGUCCUGAUGGGCGACCCCCUCAACGGCUUCGGCGUCCAGCUGCAGGGGGGAAUAUUCGCCACGGAGACGCUGUCGGCGCCGCCGCUCAUCCGGUUCAUAGAGCCCGACAGCUCCGCAGAGAGGUGCGGCCUGCUGCAGGUCGGAGACCGCCUCCUGUCAAUCAACGGGAUCCCCACGGAGGACGGGACCCUGGAGGAGGCCAAUCAGCUGCUCCGGGACGCGGCGCUGACCAACAAGGUGUCGCUGGAGGUGGAGUUCGACGUGGCAGAGUCGGUGGUGCCCAGUAGUGGUACAUUCCACGUCAAACUGCCCAAGAAAAGAGGGGUGGAGCUGGGGCUCACCAUCAGUGCCAGUAAGAAGCCAGGAGAGCCUCUCAUCAUCUCAGACAUCAAGAAAGGCAGCAUGGCCCACAGAACAGGGACCCUGGAGCCCGGGGACAAGCUCCUGGCCAUAGACAACCUCCGUCUGGAGAGCUGCUCCAGAGAGGAGGCGGAGCAGCUCCUGCAUCAGUGCGAGGAGCUCGUGAAGCUGAAGAUCCGCAAAGAUGAAGACAACUCGGACGAGCAGGAGACGUCGGGCAGCAUCAUCUACACGGUGGAGCUGAAGCGGUACGGAGGCCCUCUGGGCAUCACCAUCUCAGGCACCGAGGAGCCCUUUGACCCCAUCACCAUAUCCGGCCUGACCAAGAGAGGCCUGGCUGAGAGGACGGGGGCCAUCCACGUGGGGGAUCGGAUCCUGGCCAUCAACAGCGUCAGCCUGAAGGGGAAACCGCUCAGCGAAGCCAUCCACCUGCUGCAGAUGGCCGGAGAGACGGUGACCCUGAAGAUCAAGAAGCAGCUGGACGAGGACAGCAAGGCGCUGGAGGCCGAGGACACGACGGAGAACGAGCUGAGCGACCCCGAGGAGGAGGACGACCUGACGGACAGCCAGCAGACCAACAAGCUGUCGGAGCUUUACUCCACCACCAUCCCCAGCGUGGACUCGGCCAUGGAGUCGUGGGACGGCUCGGGGCUGGACGCCGGCUACGGCAGCCAGGGUACCUACAACCACCAGGCGGCCGGCAUCGCCCUCCACCCACACGAGUGGCGGAGCGCCAAGCAGCAGCAGCAGCAGCAGCAGCAGCAGCAGCAGCAGCAGCAGCAGCAGCAGCAGCGCGGCGCCACGCCCCCUCCUGGACGCCGGAAGAACUACCCCUUCAGUGACGGAGGCUUCAGCGAGGACGACUGGGACAAACCGCCCGGAUUUAUUGGCCAACAACCGGACGGUAUUCUUCUGGAUCCAGAUGACAGCUUCUGGUGUCAGGCGCUGGAGGAUCUGGAGACCUGCGGCCAAUCAGAACUACUGCGAGAGAUCGAGGCCUCCAUCAUGACAGGAACAGCCAUCAGUCUGGGCGUGGACGGUGUCAACAAGCCUCCAGCCGAGCAGAGUCACAGCAGGAUGAGCCCGUUGCGGAGGAAUUCUCUUCUGCACCAGGGAAACCUGCUCCACCAGGGGGCCCACCUGCACCAGGGCCCCCACCUGCACCAGGGGGCCCACCUGCACCAGGGAGCCCACCUGCACGAGGAGGCUCACUUGCACGAAGAGGCCCAACUCCACCAAGAUGUCCACCUGCUCCAGGAGGCCCAUUACAACCACAAGGCCCACCUGCUCCACGAGGCCCACCUGCUCCACGAGGCCCACCUGCACCACGGGGCCCACAUCCACCAAGACGGCCAAUCCCCUCUCCUGCACCACGAGCCCAAGACGAAGGCCUCGCUGAGGGUGUCGGAGAGGACGUGGGAGUCUCGUCGGAUCAAAGAGGAGAUGCAGGGGAUCCUGUCCCCGACGCCUCUGGAGCUGCACAAAGUGACGGUGGUGAAGGACCCCGAGAUCGACGACUUUGGCUUCAGCGUGUCGGACGGCUUCUUGGAGAAAGGAGUGUACGUCAACAUGAUCCGACCGGACGGGCCCGCCGACCGAGCCGGGCUGCGCCCCUACGACAGGAUCCUGCAGGUGAACCACGUGAGGACGAGGGACUUCGACUGCUGCUUGGCGGUGCCGCUGAUCACGGAGGCCGGGGACCGGCUGGAGCUCGUCAUCAGCCGCAACCCGCUGGCCGACGACGACGACGACACAGAGGACAAUAACAACACUUUAGACCACCCGUUAGACCUGUAACACACACACACACACACACACACACACACACACACACUUCUCCUGAAGCCCGGCCGGGACCCCGGAAGUGGUUCCAACAUAAACCGCUUAGUUGGCGCUUUAACCGUUAGCCGAUGACUAAAUGCUGUUUUCACUGAAAACAAAUGGCUAAAAAAAACUGCAAAUGGCUAAAAAAAAACAUGUCGUGCCGCUGGUUUCUAGACACUUCUGGAACUUAAUACACAAUAUUGUAAAUGAUUAAAAAAAGAAACUGCCUUCCUUUGUUUUUAGAAAGGCCGUUGCCACUUACAAGAACACGAGUUGCCAGAUUGCCGGUCCAGACAGGUGUAGCCGUUAGCUUAUACCAUGUUGCUGCUAAGAAUGCGUAAAUACAAUUACAGUUUAGCUUUCUUUUUUCUCCCAGCUGUUGCAUGGAAGUGGACGCGUCAGCACAAUAAUACGGCGUGAAGCAAAACGUAAAAAAUAUAAACGCGUGAACUUCAACUUUCAGUCCAAAACGCGAGAAGAAAAAAAAGAGAAAGAAAGAAGUGACUCGCUUUUACGCUUCGGACGUAAACCCGACACAAACACACACACACACACACACACACUCGUGAGCUUUUAUUGCUUCAACACACUUGUUGCCACACAGACAACUUUGUUGCCAACAGAAGAACAUUUACCUGCAACUUUUAAUUUAUUUUGCCAGCUGCUUGUGGAUUUAAAGUAGCAGAGCUCGUGAUCCGCGUCGACCUUCACAAUAAUCAGAAAUAACCUCUAUAUACGCCAUUAAAGGUGCCGUGUGCAGCACUUAUUAUGAUCAAGGACGCCGUGAACAAACGAGGUGAAGUCACAGGAAGAACUGUAUUUAAUAAUUGCUUUAUGACACAAAACAAUGUGGAUUUAUUUAUCCCCAAAAAAGGGAUUCUCUUCACAGUGGAGGUCCGGACACAAGUAUAAUUCCCACUGGUCUGCAUCAGGCGGUCGAUCCCCCGAGACCGGCGCUGACAAUAAUCCACGACUUCGGAGAAGAUGACGUUAUUUUUCACGGUUCACAUUUUCGUGGAUUGAAAAAAAAAUACACGAGCGUUGCCGAGCAUGUUUAUUUGAGCCUGUUCUCACGCUUUUGUCCCAACCCUCGGCGUACGACGUCGAACGCACAACGCUUUCUAGUAACCACGACGUAUUAUUUAUCGUGAGAUGAGUCCAAAGACGCGGACGGGUCAAACAAAACACCAGUUCUACCGUCUUAAAAGUCUCGUUUUGUUUUAUUAAUGUCACGUUGCUUUAUUUAGUUAACGUGUUAACGGGAUGUCGUCGCCUCGGCAUUAACCAACGACCCGCCAUAGUGGACUCUAUUGGCACAAAAUGGAAUAUGAUAUUAAAAAGUAUGUUUUUCACCUGACGAGAAGACUUAAAAAACGAGAGGUUUGUGUCGACAUGCGGAGCGUCGGGGAAGGCCGCUACGUUGCUUCUACGGUAGCCCAGAAGGGACAAUUUGAUUCCCACCUGAGACGUGGAGGAGCUCCAUCUGUCCUCGAACCUCUCGUUUCAGGACUCGUCUUCAGCGCACACACCUUUUCUUUCUUUUCUUUUUCAAACUGAGUGUGAGAAACCGGAGAGGGUUUAUGGGUAAGAAGGACACAUUGUGUAUAAAUGUAUUCCCGUAGACGCCACGCGUGAGAAUGUGUGUGUGUGUGAAACGAGAGGAGACAGAGAAUAGCCUUUGUCCUCCGAAGGAUUGGAAACAUUUUCUUUUUCGACAGGAACAAUCACAACCUCUGUUCUCUCUCUCUGUUUUUAUGUCUCCCACUCUUUCCUCACAUUGUUACAUAAUAGUUAGAAUCCAGCUGCCCCCAUUGAGUGUGUGUGUGUGUGUGUGUGUGUGAGUGUAAUAUAAUGUGGGAGACUGCAUGACUGUAUUGGUAUGUGGGUCUGGGUGGUAGGGUGGUGGGGGGGGUUCUGUGUGCACUACAUGUAUAUACAUGUGUUUUUACAUGUACGUAUCCAAGGAUGUCAGUUUUUCUUUUAUUCUUUGAAGCGUGUGUGUGUGUGUGUGUGUGUGUUGGCCAGGUGGUGUACAUUUCAUUGUACAGUGGUGAUAUUCUUUCAGAGCUGUGGGCCGUUACCAAACCCUGAUGGAAGGCAUCAUAAAUGACAACAAACAAAAGGCACAUUUACAUCUCUACACACACUUACUGCACACACACACAAGAAGAAGAAGCACACUGUUGAAUACCAUGCACUGUAAGUAUCUUCAUGUACGGCGGGACGGACCCGUCUGGGUGUUUUUUACGCAACUGUGAAGUGGCCAAAAGAAAACGUUUUUUUGUAAAGGUACGAGAAAAAAAGAAGACAAAAUGCUGAGAAAAGCCUUCCAAAUUGUUCUGUUGGUUUUUAUGUGUGUGUGUGUGUGUGUGUGUGUGUGUGGUCAUCCAUACUCCCUAUGCAUUUCUGGGUCAAAGGUCAGUUUAAAGCCCAAUCCGGAAUUGUAACAAGAGUGAAGUUUACAAGAAAAAUAUUAAAACGUCUUCACAGUUGCACAACGUAAUAAACAUUUUGAGUUACUGUGUCGCAUUUAGGUGGAUUUAUUGAAAUAGAGUAUCAAAAUAAUAAGUUUGUUUUCUUUAGCGUAUCGACAGCUGAGAAUAACAAUCGUUUUUGUCACCUUUGAGUUUUUAUCUCCGUACAUUUUUAAGUGGAAUUUUUUUUUAAUUCCAUAACGUUUCAUUUCUGAGCCAAGACCGGAUCGAUAAUCCAAUCAUUUGAAAUUAACAUUACAAUUUAUUUUUUAUCACUAAUCUAUGGGAUUUUGGGGGAAUUCAGAUUUUUGCGGAGGCUACACUUGUCUGUUGUCACUAUUGUCUGAUAUUUCCCAUCAUGGUUUUUAAUGAUUAAUGGAUAGGGCCGGGAUAACGGUUCACUAGCUACCUACAGUGUCUUGGUCAGCUAGCCGUUAGCUUAGCUUGACAUUCAGAUACAGUCCCCCUUAAAUUACAAUAGCACUUAGUCAGCUAACCACUAGCUUAGCUUGACAUCCAGAUACAGUCCCCUUUAUAUCUCAACUCGUACUUAGUCAGCUAACCAUUAGCUUAGCUUGACAUCCAGAUGCAGUCUUCCUUAUAUUACAAAUAUAGCACAUGGUCAGCUAGCCAUUAGCAAAGCUUGACAUCCAGAUACAGUCCCCCCUAUAUUUCAACUAGAGCACUUAGUCAGCUAGCCAUUAGCUUUCUGCAAAGGAAAUUGUAGUUAACUCGCUAUUCAUAGCAUUUGUUCAGCUAGCCAAUAGCAUUCUGCCUACGGACAACUAUAGUUAGUUAGCCAACCGUAAUGAGUGUUAUGCCAUUACUUGUAACAUAACCUAAAUACAAACUUCUUUUCUGGACAUUCGGCCAACUGUGGCUUUGACGCUACGAAAAGGGAAAUAAUAUAUUUUUGCACGAUAUCCAAAGUCACAAUCUUUUGCAUCACUUUUCUAAAGAAUCCCACCAGAAAGUUUCUCAAAGAAGUGAUUUGAUUCAUUGGAGCCUGUAACAUUCAUGUUAGUUUUAUGACUUUAAUUAAACAUUUAAUUAUUUUAAAAAAUAAAGAAAACGUGUUGACAAGUGGUAUUGCAGCUUAUUGCGAUUCCGGAUUGGGCCGUUAACAAUGUAUGCGUUGAUAUUGUGUAUUUUUUUCAAAUUGUGUAAAGUUCUAUUCUAUGUAAUAUAGUAUUUUUCUAUGACAAUAUUACUCUUCUGAAACAUGGGAGAAAAUACAAAACAAACAAAUUAUCAGAGGGGAAAUAAAAUGUAUAACUUUGUUGUUGUUGUCAUUUUUUUGUUUGUUUUCGUUUUCUAUGAAACCAAGAGUGUACUGCUAUACUUCUCUUUUUGAGAAGAACGUGAGACAAGAUCAGAAGCAAG